AUGGAUGAUCCGGAAGCUGAAGACGAAGAGGAGGCCGGCGAAGAAGAGCUGUCUGCGGCGCUAGGCCGACCUCCUCCCGUCAAUAGCGAUUAUCUGCCUCUACCUUGGAAAGGAAGGCUAGGAUAUGCUUGCUUGAACACCUAUCUCCGCUACAGCACACCACCAGUCUUCGCCUCCCGUACUUGCCGCAUUGCCUCAAUCCUGGAACACAGACAUCCCCUUCGCGAUCCUAACGAGCCCGAGCACCCAACGAAAAACCGUCCUGAUAGAGAGCAACCUGCCAGCAUAGAGCGAGGUCAAAAGUACGUCGAAGCACUUGGUGUCGCCAAUGCUAGGGAUGUCAUCAAGAUGCUCAGGUGGAAUGAUAAAUACGGCAUCAAGUUCAUGCGCUUAUCCAGUGAGAUGUUCCCUUUCGCUUCUCACGAGGAGUAUGGUUAUAAGCUUGCUCCUUUUGCUUCCGAGGUACUGGCAGAGGUCGGCAAAGUUGUUGCUGAGUUGGGUCACCGUGUCACCACCCAUCCUGGACAGUUCACACAACUGGGUUCACCGCGCAAACAAGUUAUCGACAAUGCUCUGCGCGAUCUGGCUUUCCAUGAUGAGAUGCUCUCGCUUCUGAAACUUCCCGAGCAGAUGGACAGGGAUGCAGUCAUGAUUUUGCAUUUGGGAGGCGUCUUUGGCGACAAGGUAGCAACUUUGGACAGGUUCCGUGAGAACUACAAGGCACUGCCACAGUCUGUUAAGAACAGAUUGGUGCUCGAAAACGACGAUGUCAGUUGGUCAGUUCACGAGCUGCUGCCGGUUUGUGAGGAGCUCAACAUCCCUAUGGUUCUCGACUACCACCACCACAACAUUAUCUUUGACUCUGAGCAGCUUCGUGAGGGUACAGCAGAUAUUAUGAACCUUUAUCCCCGCAUCAAGGCAACGUGGGACAAGAAGGGUAUCAAGCAGAAGAUGCACUAUUCUGAGCCAACGCCCGCUGCCAUCACUGGACGUCAAAGGAGAAAGCACAAUCCUCGUGUGGCCACUCUUCCACCUUGCGCAGACGACAUGGAUCUCAUGAUCGAGGCAAAGGACAAGGAGCAAGCUGUUUUCGAGUUGAUGAAAACAUUCAAGCUGCCAGGCUACAAUACUUUCAACGACAUUAUUCCACACGUCAGGAAUGAUGAUAACAAGGUGGCCAUGCAGGCCUCCAACAAGAAGAAGGCCACACCCAAGAAGAAGGGUAAGAAGGUCAAGGACGAAGAUGAAGAGAUGGAAGACGAUGAGGAAAGUGCCGUGAAUGGCGAGACCGCCGCAUUGGUACCCGAGGAAGAAGUUGGCAUGGGUGGUCCUGAAGGUCGCGUAUACUGGCCACCAGGCAUGGAAGACUGGCUUCGACCUAAGAAGCGUGAAGUCAAGCCUAAAGCCGUACCUGGAUCCGCAAAGAAGGUCACUCCUGCACAGAAGAGAAAGGCCCUGGCCGAUGCUGUCGCCCUCGAAGCUGCCGUAAAAGAGCAGCACGAAUCUGAUGAAGAUGCCGCAGAAGCAGCCACGCCAGCAACGAAGAAGGCCAAGGAAGCUCUCAAGCAAAGAGCAGCCGCUGCCCGCGCCAAAUCCGAUGCCCUUCAAAAUGCAACUGCGCCUCCUGCUGCCGCACCCGCACCCGCGACGACAACAAAAUCAGCGCCCAAACGCAAAACACCCGCUCCCAAGGUAAAGAAGGAGAAGGAAGAAAAGGUCGAAGUCACACCUCCCACCAGUGAUGACGCCGAAUCAGAGCUCGAAUUGAACUCAUCAGAGGAGGAUGCUCCAGCCAAAGCGCCAAAGCGACCUGCUCGUGCCGGUGCAAGAUCAAGCGGUAGAGCCAACAAGUCCAAGGUCAGCUAUCAAGAGGCGGACGUGAGCAUGGAUGAGGAUUGA